ACAAAAGUUUCAAAUGAGAGUUUAAGUGUGUUAAGAAGUUGACUUGACAGCAGCAGCAGCAAGCAGGGAUAAUGGCCGGCAUCACUAGAAUUUCUAGUUUUUGGCCAAGUUUUAGUCCUAGAGUUGGGUCAGUUACUGUCAGAUGGUAUAGUUCUAAUAAGGUAUAUGGUCCACUUGCUGAUGAAGACCGUAUAUUCACUAAUUUGUAUGGCCGACACGAGUGGAGACUGAAGGGUGCUCUUAGUCGUGGGGACUGGUAUAAGACUAAGGAGAUCAUCUUAAAGGGACCAGAUUGGAUUCUAAACGAAAUAAAGACUUCAGGACUUCGUGGCCGAGGUGGUGCUGGAUUUCCUUCUGGCAUGAAAUGGAGCUUUAUGAAUAAGCCUUCUGAUGGAAGGCCAAAGUAUUUGGUUGUGAAUGCUGAUGAGGGAGAACCAGGUACAUGCAAAGAUCGUGAAAUUAUGCGUCAUGAUCCCCACAAACUAGUAGAGGGUUGCCUCAUUGCUGGUCGUGCCAUGGGAGCUCUGGCAGCUUAUAUUUAUAUUCGUGGAGAAUUUUACAAUGAAGCUUCUAAUAUGCAAGUAGCUAUAAAUGAGGCUUACAAAGCUGGACUCAUUGGUGAAAAUGCUUGUGGCUCUGGCUAUAACUUUGAUGUAUUUAUGCAUCGAGGUGCUGGGGCCUACAUCUGUGGUGAGGAGACUGCUCUUAUUGAAUCUCUAGAAGGCAAACAAGGAAAACCACGUCUAAAGCCACCAUUUCCAGCAGAUGUUGGUGUCUUUGGCUGUCCAACUACAGUUGCUAAUGUUGAGACUGUUGCUGUUGCUCCAGCUAUCUGUCGCCGUGGUGGUAGCUGGUUUGUAGGGUUUGGCCGACCACGUAAUAGUGGUACAAAAUUGUUCAACAUUUCUGGCCACGUGAACAACCCAUGUACAGUAGAAGAAGAAAUGUCCAUUCCACUGCGAGAGUUGAUCGAACGUCACGCAGGUGGUGUGACUGGUGGAUGGGAUAAUCUCCUUGGUGUGAUUCCUGGUGGUUCAUCUACACCAGUCAUUCCCAAGCAUGUAUGUGAAGAGGCUAUUAUGGAUUUUGAUGGCUUGGUGGCUUGUCAAACAUCACUUGGGACUGCUGCUGUUAUUGUGAUGAAUAAGCAGACUGAUAUUGUCAAAGCUAUUGCACGCCUCAUUGCUUUCUACAAACAUGAGUCUUGUGGCCAGUGCACACCUUGCCGUGAAGGAGUAUCAUGGAUGUACAAAAUUAUGAACAGAUUUGUGAGAGGUGAUGCUCAUCCAGAAGAAAUUGAUGCCUUGUGGGAGGUUUCUAAGCAAAUAGAAGGUCACACAAUUUGUGCUUUGGGUGAUGGUGCUGCUUGGCCUGUUCAGGGAUUAAUUCGACACUUUCGCCCUGUUCUCGAAGAAAGGAUGGCAAAUUUUGCUGCUUCCCAGAAUGCACUAGCAAAUUAAUCUGUAAUAAGGUGGCAAAGUGUAUAUGUAGAGCAUGAAGCUGCAUUUUUUAAUUUUAAUAUUUUUUUUUUUUUAACCCUUUGACUGUCGCGGCCGUAUAUAUACGUCUUACGAGGUACCGUGUUUGACGUAUAUAUACUCAUAAAUUCUAGCGGCUUCAAAUCAAGCAGGAGAAAGCUGGUAGGCCCACCUGUGAGAGAAUGGGUCUGUGCAGUCAGUGUGCACCAUAUAAAAAAAAUCCUGGAGCACGCAGUGCAUAAUGAGAAAAAAAAACUCCGACCGUUUUUUUUAAUUAAAAUGCCGAAUUUGUGGUCUAUUUUCGUAUAGUAUUUAUGGUUGUAUUCUCGUUUUCUUGGUCUCAUUUGAUAGAAUGGAAAACAUAUUAUAGAAAUAGAGGUGAUUUUGAUUGAUUUUACUAUAAAAAGAACCUAGAAAUGGAGCUCAAAGUAGGGGAAAUGUUUGAUUUUUGCCGAUGUUCAAAAGUAAACAAAUGAUGCCAUUGUCCAAUAAAUGUCCAACUAGCCAUUCUAAUAUGCAGUCAUGAAUGGGUUGAUGUUAUUUAUACAAUUAUUACAGUAUUGCA